CUCAGCCCAUGCCCAUCCCUUUGGAAGGAAAAAAAGAAAACUCUCACCGACAAACGACGGCGAGAAAAAGAGCGAGGGAAAAGCCGAGAGGGAAGCUAAAGUCAAAAAGCCAGAUGAAAAAGUUGGAUACUGAAGAGCGAGCCAACCAAAGAACAGAGUAUUCCCGUUAAAUCAUGCCGCUGCACAAAUCAACCCGGGCACCUCGCCUGGACCCCACCAUGAUCUCAGCCCCACUGGGGGACUUUCGCCACACCAUGCACAUUGGCAGAGGAGGCGAUGCCUUUGGGGACACCUCCUUCCUGUCCACUCUUGGCCCGAGCUCAGCCAGCACUGACCCGGAGGGUUCAGGGAUGACGCCAGCUGGUGAUUCUCAAGUGGAAGUCAACCACAGUGAGCUCCAUACUGACGCUCCAGGAAGCCCACAGGACUACGAGCUCAAGCACUCUGAGUCAGUGUCUUCCUUCGACAUGGAUCUGGAUCUAGGCCCGUCCAUGCUGGGGGAUGUGCUCGGGAUAAUGGACGGUUUGGGGCUUGACUCCAAUGAGGAGGAUGUGUUCAACCCCAAAAGUGGCACAUCCCUGGUGGAAGCACAGCAGGGAAAAGGGGUUAUGGAGAAGUCUGUAAACAUGCAGAACGAGCUGAAUGGGAAGAACUUGGUGGGGUUGGAUGGAAACCAGGUGGGAGACAGCAGGAUAGCAGAUGGGAACGGGUUCAAGCCCAAGGGGUUACGACCAAAAGUGCGAUUCAGUGACAAACGAGAGGAGAUAAUUCGCCAGGCAUCUGAAGAGGAAGAGGGUCAAGGGUUUGACUUCCAGGAUGAGGAGCAGCUGGUGGUUCGUAGUCCAACGAGGGGUGAGAGUGUAGUAGGUGCAGGUGAAACCGAGGUCACCAAUCACAAAGUAGAUUUGCCACCUAGUCCGGCUUCGUCACAUAGCUCAGAGUACGAAGGAGUCACCUCAUUGGACAGGAGGAGGGUUGACAGCGGCCACUCAGAGACUGAUACAGAGGAGGAGGAAGAGGAAGGACGAGGCUACACAUUUGAAGAUGAGUUUGAUGAUGAAAUCGGUCUAUAGGGGAUAGGUACAGUUUCCCCGUAAAAACAGAUCUUUGCUGUCAUGUAAAUCAAGUAAACUGUAUUUUCUUCUUUCAGCAUCAUUUUAAUGGGAGGCUUAAACAGAAUGCAAACUGGAUUUUUAAAAAAUGAUUUAGUUUGACGAUGUUGCUCAACUGGAAGAGACAUUUUAUGUUUUAUCUGUGAAGGUAACAGAUUCAUUUGAUCAGAACAUUCAUGUUGUUUUUUAGGUUAUUGCAGUGGAAGGUUUGUAGCACUUUGAUUUAUUUCAAUGACCUGGAAAACUUUGCUGAAACAUACUAAGUUAAUGAUGCUUGCGGUAAUUUCCAUGUUUUCUUUAUUUUCGCCAUCCGAAGCACACGGCAGGUGUUUGAGCUUUAUGUUACAGUGUCUUAAAGAGAGCUGUAUUCUUACAUUAUUUUAUCAUGUGCUAUAUCAAUGUCUUCAUUAUUAUUUCUCAUACUGCAUGUUUAUUACAAUCUCCGUGUCUUUUCUUUAUGUUUAAUGCAUUUGUCAAGCUUUACAAAUGGCUUCCAGAGACAUUGUCAGAAAAUAAAUGUAUCCUGUUUAUUUACUGUGAAUUUGUCACAUUCCUAAUCUGACAGCGUGUUUCUCUGGUUCAGAUCUGUUAAACAUUUUAAUUGUGCAAUUAUUAAGCAUGUUUUCAAGUUACCAAAGCUCUUCUUUGGGCUGUGGGGCUGGACUUUAGUAUAAUGCUAAGACAAUCAUGGGAUUUAUAGGUCAUUGUAAAUUAGGACCAGCGAUGUAUUUUUGUAAAUGUUUUUUGCUUGUAUAAUGCUUGUAUUUUUUUUAAAGGUAUUUUAUUUCAUAUUGCUGUAAAAGGGAGAGACCAUUAUCCUCAUCUGUUGAAAUGCUGGUUUGAACACGUUUGUUAUAUUGCGGUUUAAAACACGACAGUGAAAACAAUAAAACAAUUGGGAUUUUUGAAAUAUU